AUGACAUGCACCCAUGAUGACAGGCAGGCGGACAGCCAUUCCACCGCGGGGAUUCAACAGCGCACAAACACAGGCCUGGCGGACCCCAAGGCCCUGCGUGUCAGGGCGAGUGUCCGGAGCCUGCCGGGCUUGACUGGACACUUCCGGUCACCGCCCGCCGCCGGCUCCCCUGGUACCUGUCAGACGGUGCUGGUGGAGGUGCCCUCCCCGCAGGGCUGGGUCCCGCAGACGCAGCUGCCCCCGCCCCUUGUUCCUGCAGUCACCCGGAGGUGCCUGGAAAGACUACGACUGCUGUCGGCAGCUGCCUGCCCUCCCUCCAGUACCUUCACUGAAGAGCGGGUUCCUGGGAUUGCUUAUCGCCUUAUGUCUUCUGUAGACAUUGAUGGUCCCAAGGAUUUUUCUGUCACUGUCUCAUCGUUGGAUGAAAUGGUGGUGUCUGUCCAGCCGAACCUUCAGUCCCAGUGGCCCGUGGUGGUUGCGGAAGGUGAGGGGCAAGGGCCCUUGAUUAAGUUGGAGAUGAUGAUCAGUGAGCCGUGUCAGAAGACCAAGAGGAAGAGUGUUCUUGCCGUGGGGAAAGGAAACGUCAAGGUCAGAUUUGAGCCCAGUGCCGGUGAGCACCAAGGAGGCUCCAACGACAUCGAGGGCGUGAGUCGAGACUACAAAGACCACCUGGGUAACUCCAUAGAGCGCGGAGGCAACCAGGAGAGAGCCGUUCAGGAGUGGCCCCCGCGGGGCGCACCUGCGGGCCGACAGGACCGCAACAGAAGCACAACCCCACAGCCUCCCGUGGAAGCGAAGGAUCAGAAGUUCCUCCGAAGCGGGGGUGCUGAUGCCUUCACCAGCUACCCCACUCAGGGGAAGCUGCCAGAUCCCAACAAUCCCAGUGACCUUACGGUGACCUCCAGGGGGCUGACGGACCUGGAGAUUGGCAUGUACGCCCUGCUCUGUGUCUUCUGCCUGGCCAUCCUGGUCUUCUUAAUCAACUGUGUGGCGUUUGCCUGGAAGUACAGACACAAAAGGUUUGCCGUGAGUGAGCAGGGCAACAUCCCCCACUCCCACGACUGGGUCUGGCUGGGGAACGAGGUGGAGCUCCUGGAGAACCCGGUGGACAUCACGCUCCCGUCGGAGGAGUGCACGACCGUGGUGGACAGGGGGCUGCAGUUCGAGGAGAGGAACUUCCUUCUGAACGGCAGUUCCCAGAAGACGUUCCAUAGUCACCUGCUCAGACCCUCUGACUAUGGCUACGAGAAAGACAUGAAAAGCGAACCUGUAAACCCUUCCGGCCCAAAGAGGAAGCGAGUCAAGUUCACUUCCUACACCACCAUCCUCCCCGAGGGCGGUGGCCCCUACACCAACUCCAUCCUGUUUGACAGCGACGAUAACAUCAAGUGGGUCUGCCAGGACGUGGGGCUGGGGGGCUCUGUGAUUUAAACACUGUCUUAUGCU